UUAGUUUCGAUAAAAUCGACCAACAUUUCAAGUUUAGUUAACAAUUAUCUAAGUCGAUUUUGAUUCUACAAUUCAUCACAAUAACAACAAUGAAGACCUUGUUGGGUCUCCUGUUUACUUCGGCCCUAUUGAUAUCGGCAGUAUGGAGUUCCAUUUCGCCGAUCCGAUUGACACCCGGACAAAGUUAUAUUUAUUCCUAUAAUGGUCGUUUGAUCUCCGGUAUUGCACAAUUCGAUUCAGAUGCAGCCCUAAUGGAAAUCAAAUCCGAUAUUGUUCUUCAAGCUGAACAACAAGGUUCCCAUAUUGCUAUGCAGAUGACGAACAUUCGUAUCGGUAAACACAAUGGUCCAGUAUCGGAAAAUCUUUUCGGCAAUGUUGUCGUUGAUCAUCAACCACAAAAAGAAUAUGAAGAACAACUUUCGAAACCAAUCCGAUUCUAUUGGGAUAAUGGUCAGAUUAAAGCCUUUGAAGCUGAUGGCAAUGAACAGGAAUGGUCAAUUAAUAUUAAGAAAUCCAUUCUUAGUUUGUUCAAUGUUAACUUGGCUCCAAAACGUGUUGUGACUGGCCAACAAUCAGUACAAAAGAUUAACAAUAUUUUCGGAAAUCAACAACAACAACAAUCUCGAACAAGCGAUGGAAAAUUGGUUGUCUAUCCAGUCUAUGAAGACGGUACAAAUGGAGUUUGUGAAACCGUAUAUCAAGUCAUUUCGGCUAAAGAUAAAUGGGCCACAGCUAAUACCGAACGAAAUGAAGAAUCGACUGAAGUAUUCAAUGUAACUAAAACACGAAACUAUGAUAAUUGUUUGACACGACCAAGUUUAGAAAGUACAAACACUGAUUAUCGUGGUGCACCAGUCAUUUGUCACGAAGGAAAAUCUUAUCCAUUGAUCGAUGGCUACUAUCCAUCAUUGAGUGAAGAACAUCAACUUGGUGGUUGUCAGCAACAACAUCAAGAUCCAACUAGCCAAGAUGGUUCAGCUGUUAGUCUUUAUAAUUUUGUUAAAUAUAACAUUUCAUCAACAAAACGAACAACACAAAUCGAUUCAGCAUAUGGUCAAGGCAAAACCGUUUAUGAAACCAAAGGUAAACAAUUGGUAAUCAUUUCGGAACAGAAUGUUACCUUGAUGGAUGUCAUUCCAACUGCUAAACUCGGUGCCAUCCGACAGAUCCGAAGCAUUUUGUUGCAUCAAGAAUUGUCAUACCGAAUCCCCGAAACUGAAACUCAAUUGGACAUCCCAUACUAUCAUUUGUUUGGACAAAUUGAUAAACAAGAAUUGAAGGAACUUAUUCCCAGUUUAUUGGCCUCAGUAUCCUCUGAUAUCGAAACCACAUUGAAUGAACCAUCGAAAAACACAAUGCAAAAAGUUGUUCAACUGGCUAACGCAAUGGCCGUUUUGGAUACUGAACAUUUUGAAGAAUUAUUCGAAAGAGUAGCAAAACAAGGCAGAUCACACCGUGCUACUGCACACGAACAAAUGAACCGAAAAUUAUUUUUGGAUUUACUCUGCUACGCUGGUACUACCGACGCUGCUUUGUUCAUCAAAAAAUUAUACGAACAAGAUCGCAUUACAACCUCUGAAGCCAAAGAAAUGAUUGAAUCUGUUCCACAAAAUUUAUUCUUAGUCGAUGCUAAAGUUGUUGAAGAAUAUUUAAACAUGUUCCUUAGCGAAAAAGUUCAGAAACAACGUCAUUUAGCCUCGUCAACUGGUAUUGCCUUAGGUAAAAUGAUCAACCAAGCUACCGUCAAAAGACAACAGAUGAGAGGUGACAUCCACGAUGAACAAUCGAUUCGACGUCAACAACAUGCACAAGCUGAAUUGAAACGAAACACAAUUCGUGUCCGUCGAUCGGCCCCAUGGCAUCAACAUUUCCGUCAUGAUUUGUUGGAACAAAAUGAAGUUUCACAAGUGAUGCAAGUAUUAGCCAAAGCUUUGAAAACAUGUACAACUUUCCAUCAAAAAGUUACUUUGAUUGAAACUUUGGCCCAUACCGGAACUGCCGAAGCAUUGGCAAUUCUAGCUCCAUACGUUCAAGAUAAUGUUUCAAACGAAGACAUGCCCGGAUAUCCAGUUGAAAACGAAAAUGAAAUCAGUCAAGAACGUAACUUUGUCCGUCAAGUUUGCAUUUAUGCUUUGACACAUAUAGCUUCGGCUAAUACUCCACAAGUACGAGCAUUGAUGUUGCCAAUAUUCCAAAACAAAAAUGAACCAUAUGAAGUUCGUAUUGCUGCCUUCACUGUAUUGCUUGGCUGUAAUCCGGGUAAAUAUGUGUUAGAACGAAUCAGUACCGAAAUGCAUCAUGAAAACAAUCGUCAAGUGAAAUCAUUUGUCAUCUCUUCAUUGAAAACAAUCGCCAACUUUACUGAACCAUCAACCAGACAAUUGGCUGAAGAUGCCCGAUUUGCUUUAGGAUUUGCACCAAAAGAUGAAUAUGGAAUUUACUAUUCGAAAAUGAUCGGCCAAAGUUAUUACGAUGAAAGCAAAAAAUACGGUAUGAACAUUUUGGCCGAAUGGGUUUCCAAUAAUGUUUCGAAAUUCCCACGAUCCGGUUAUCUUGCCGUUCGUGAAACCGAUGGACCAACACAAGAAAUCCCAAUCGAAUUGGGCUACAAUGUUAAAGGCUUGGACAGCAUCAUUGAACGUUUGACAUCAUCAAACGGACUUAUCAACGAUGUACUUCAAUCGUUCAACUCAUAUGGUAAAGAUCGUCGUUUAAUGAAACGAAAAGCCGGAUCUGCACAAGAAACAAUGCGAACAUUGAAAGAAAAAUUAGAUCUUACAGUGCGAACUGAAGAAGAACCAAAAGCAACAAUCUUUUUCAAAUUAUUUGAACAAACCAGCUAUUAUGCAUUCGAUCGUCAAUAUGUUCAACAAUUAUUGGAUUCAGCUGAAGAUUCCAUCAAAGACAUUAUUAGUCAAUUAUCGCAAGGUCAACAAUAUCAUUACAUCAAAUUGGUUUUACCUAAACAAAUGUACAAAGUUGUUUCAUCGGAAAUUGGUUUGCCAAUCGUUAUUACACAACGAUAUCCAACCGUUGUUUCAGUCAAAAUUAAUGGAGCUAAAGUUGAAUUUGUCAAACGACAACAAUCUGAACAAGAACAAGAUCGAUCAUCAUCGUCAUCAUCUGAUUCACGAUCUUCGUACCCACAAGGUGUCAAUUUCACCGCUCAAAUUGAACCCUCAAUCCAUCAUAGCAGCUAUUAUUUUAUCUUUGCUCUUACACCAAUAACCACUGAAGCUAUUGGUGCACAUAUUUCCAGAGAAUCACGUGUCGCUAUUCCAAUGGAUUUGAGUGUCAAUUAUUUGAGUUCAACUAGACAACUUAGCUGGUCAAUUACACCAAGAGUACCACAAGAAGUUUAUCAUCAUCAAACUCAAGUGAAAACUUUCAUCGCCAAAGCCAUAAUUGCCGGAUCACCCGAACGUGAAUGGUUAUCAGAAACAAGUUCGGUUAUCCGUACUCAACCGAUUCCAUUCAAAUAUGAAAAACAAUAUGGCAAACGAGAAUUGGGCAUUGGAUUUAAUGUCAAAGUUACAACUGAAAGUGCAAAACGUUUCAGUCAACCAUUAUUCAGAUCGGAAACAACUGAAAAAUACGGCUAUCUUGCCGGAUUAAUUGAAUUAUGGAAUAAUGAUGAAAUGACACCAUGUGCUGUUCAUUUGAUGUUGGAUGCUGAUGAGCAAAAUCCCGUGACUGGUAUGGAAAUGGCAAUCCGAUACAAAAAAUUACAUCUUGCUGAAAAUUUUGAUUCGGAAGAAACCGAUGAUGAAACUUCUGAUGAUGAUGAAUAUCAAGAAAACAUUAUUCGUAAUCGUCAACAACAGAUGUGGGAUCAAAAUGAAAAGAUAAGUAAAUGGUCAUCAUUGAAAGAUAUGAAACAAUCGAUCAAAAAUAUGGUACAAAAAUGGAACAAAGUUCAAUCCAAUUCCGAACGUUCAGUUUCGGAUAAAACUGAUAUCGAAGCUCAUUGUAUCGAAGUUAAAGCUCGAACACAAAGCGCUGAAGCCAGCAAAGUUGCCGUAAAAUUUUUAUUGGCUCAUACCUAUGAUUUGAAACACUAUUGGACCAAUGUACGUGCUCAUGUCAAAUCACUUGAAACCGAAUCGGAAACCAGAGAAUCACAAAAGAACCUUUGUUUCGAUUCACAUGUUGCAUUCCCAAAACAACCAAGUGAAUUCUAUUAUGAACCAAUUGCCAAUCAAGAAAUGAAAGCAUCAAUCAAAGCUCAAGUUGAUUUCGGACAUAAUUGUCAAACUGGUAGCCAUGUCAAAAUAUCUGGUCAUAUGGAAACUGGUGAAGAAAAAGUCAUCUUAGAACGUGAUCUCGAAAGUACACAAGAUACUCUUGCACCAGUACAAAAAGAUUGGUUCUAUCAACAAUGUCAAAUGGAUCGUGCUGAUGGCAAAACCGCAAGCUUUGCUUGUCAACGAGCUUUGGUUGAAGAUUCAUACUUCAAACAAUUGAAACUUGACAUUGAAUAUGAUGGUAUUUCCGAUGAAGUUUAUAAUUUGACCCACAAAUUGGCUACAGCAGCUAAAGUUGCCUUUUAUAGCCAUUUGGAUGAAAAUCGAAUGGCCGAAAAUGAAGAAGGUAAAAUGAAAGUUACCGUCCAAUAUUCAACAAGAUUCGCCAACGCUCCAAUGGUCAAUGUUGAAGUUAAAACACCAAAACAGAAUGUAUGCUUCAACAAAGUUAACACUCCAUAUUUCCGACCAAUUUCAGCUUUGUAUUCAACCGUACAAGUUUACAAAAACUUGUUGACCGCAUACGAAAGUACUGGUCGUUGUUCAAUGAUGGAAGAUUACAUUCGCACAUUCGAUAAUGUUAGCGUUGAAUUGCCCGAUUCAACUUGUCAAUAUUUAUUGGCAAAAGAUUGUUCAUCAUUCGAACGAUUCUCGAUUUUAGCUCGACAACUUGAUACUGAAGCAAAAACAAAAGAAGUCACCAUUUAUGUUGAUGGUAAAGAAAUCGUAUUGACACCACCAACCAGUGAAAAUUCGGCACAAAUUCGUGUUGACGGCCAAGUGAAAGAAAUGAAAGCCUCAGAUGCUUUAGUUAUGUCGGAUAAAAAAAUGGUAAUCUAUGUUCGUGAAACUAGUUCAUCAGCAUCAUCACCAAUGGUUGUAUUAGAACAUGAACAACAUGAUUUUGCCGUUUUGUAUGAUGGUAAAAAUGUCGAAGUUAAAGUUGGUCAACAAUACAAAGGUGAAACUUGUGGUAUCUGUGGUGACAACAAUCAUGAAUCUGAAAAUGAAUUUACCGGACCGGAUACUUGUCAAUAUAAGGAUAGUGAAGACUUUAUCAACAGCUAUGGUAUGGCUGGUCAACAUUGUCAACGAUCACCAAAAACUAAAGGUGCCAAAAUCUGUGCCAAAAAAGAAGCCACAAUCAACAAAUACGUAUCACCAAAAUAUCGAUCACUUGCUCAAAUGAUUGGUGAAUACAAAGCUCAACAGAGUACGAAUCGAAUGAAUCAAAUUGAACGACGAGCACAACAAGAAGAAAUGGCUCGUACCCAGCAAAGACUUUUGGAACAAGCUUUAGCACGUCAACAACAACAGCAGAAAAAUGCCGCAACUAAAAAAGAAAGUGAAUCGAUCGAAGAUGAAAUUCAACUUUAUCGUACAAUUUCCAUCCGUCAAGGUGAUCGUUACUGUUUUUCAAUGCAACCAGUUCUAGCCUGUAUUGAAGGUCGAUCUCGUCCAACUGAAAUGCGACCACAAUUAUUGCAAUUCCAUUGUCUUCCUAUACACUCAGUUUCAGCACAACGACUUGUGAAACAAUCACAAUAUCGAGUGUUGGAAAUUUUCGGUAAAAAACCAGCCGAAUUAGCUCUUACACUUCAAGUACCGGUUGCCUGUCAAAAAGCUUAAAUUAUUUUCUGUCUCGCACACACAUACACAAAAAAAAACUUCACCUCCCCAAUAUUUAAAUUUUAAAAUGUUCAAUAAAAAAUAUUUCAUUUAAA